AGAAAAUGCAUUAACUUCCUUUCCACGAACAUGAGUCAGGUCCAGCGAACUGCUUACUAACCGGAAUAGGAACACUCAGUAAACAUGCUCGCUGAAACGAUUCCAUUUGUUAUCCUGCUUGUCCUUUGCUAUCUGACUGGAAGCGAUGCUGGCUCCUGUUCAAUAACAACCCUAUGCGAGAAGCCUAUCCCAUCUGGAAGCAACCAAUGCGGGAAAGCAGGGACCUGGCAAAACGAACUCACGUCGGUCAUGAAGUUCACUUGCAGAGAUGGUCAAAUUGAAGGAAAAUACUGUAGCGCAGUAGGUAAGGCAAGCUACUAUUACCCGAUGGCUGGACGCUACUUGCAAGCUGAAAAGAACACGACCAUGCUUGGAUGGACCGUCUCGUGGGCGAACCAGGAACAAGGAAACAGCCAGUCGGCUACCUCUUGGACGGGUCUCUCGUACGGCGGCCAGAACAUCAUCCACACACAGUGGCUCCUCAUGAGGUAUUCCAAAGCUCUGUGGAACUCCACCAUGCUCAAUACGGAUACAUUCAAGAAAAUAUGCUAAGAGCGUAAAUGGCAUACUGUCAAUGUCACAACGCUUCUGUUGAUUUAAUUCUUGCAAAUAAUUAGUAUGAAAUGUGUAAUGCAAUACCUUCUUAUCAGCUUAUGGAAGUAUAAACAAAACUAUAUCGUUUAUUUUGUUCUGAACUUUGGUGUUAUGAUAUUAUUGCAUUUAUUAUUGGAACGAUGUGUAUGAUUAUUGAUUGGUUUAAAGUAGAACUCGGAUUUGGAAUUAAGUUUUACAUUAAUUAAAGCUAUUGUGUGAACUAACUUGAAACUAACUCAGCCCUAUUACGUUUCUAAACCUAAGAGGGUAAUGUACACAAGAACAUAGCUCUAUAAAUGGUAUAAAUCUUUUAACAGGCUCAUCAUAAAUGUAUUUUUUUUCUGGGGAACAUUUCAUUUGUACCGAGCGUUAUCGAUAAACAGCAUGUUUAUGUAGAAGUUUUCACAAAUUUAAGAAAGGAUUCCACAUUGACUUUUCGAGAUUUGCUUAGGUUGCGGAUAUUCUUAUUAAGCCAAGUAAAGUCUUAAAAUAAUUA